AUUUCUAACUGUAUCAAAUUUAUUCAAGUAAGAUUAAUCCUUAAUAGAAUUAUAUCAAUAUUUAUAAAUCAUCCCAUUAGUCUCGGGACAACAUUAAUAAUUCAAUCUAUCUCUACAAGUUUAUUUAUAAAUCUAUUAACUAAAAACUCUUGAAACUCAAUAAUUUUAUUUAUUACAUUUAGAAGAGGACUAAUAAUUAUAUUUAUAUACAUAGCAAGAAUCUCAUCCAAUGAAAAAUUUAAAUGAUCAUUAAAAUUAUUUUUAAUAAUUAUAUGCUUAAUGUUAACCUCAACAGUCAUAAAAGAAUUUAUAAUUAUAAAUAAAUUUAAUAUAAAUGAACAAAGUUUAUUUAUUCAAGACAAUGAAGAAAAAAAAUCUAUUAUAAAAAUUAUUGGGUCUAAUAAAAUUUUAUUAUUUAUUUUAGUAACCCUUAUCAUCUUAAUAGUACUUUUUAGUAUUUCUAAUUUAAUUAAUUCUUUUGAAGGACCACUAAAAAAAACAUAUGAAAAAUUAAAAAUCUUAUACCGAAUAAUUAAUUAA